UCCAGCAAGUGUAUAGUCAUGCCGCUGCCUUCCCUCCCCCUGGACAUCUACGCGUCGAUAUUCCGUCACUUCCCUGCGUCUACCAACGACGAUGGCAGCGUUAGUCUCGCUCGCUGCUCACAAGCCAACUCACUUCUGCGAGAGGCGGCAUAUCAUUCCGCCCUUUGGGGGCCUCAUUACCGAGCCAGAUACAAACAUUACUCUGGCUUCGUCGAUGGCGAAGAUGACCUGUCUGGCGAUAUACGGUCGAAAUACAUCGCUCGACGACAUAAGGACAGCACCGCCCUCCAACUCCUCGAGAAUAUCAUUCAGUGCGUGGGUGACCGGUGUACUACUAUGAGGGAGCUAGUAUCCCUCUCGUUCGAUGUCUGGGAUGCGCUUCAGCUGGAGCGCAAGAAACCGCUACCAAAGGUAUUCCAGCCUUCUGGCGAGGAGACGGAUGCUCUGGUCGCACCGCACGCGCUACCUCGACAGUACUGGGCGGGUGUCGCCUGUGACUUGAUUGCCAAAUCGUCUGCAACGCUGCUGUGGAGACGACUGAAGGAGGACCCUACGUCUGUGAGCUUUGAGGACGCGAUGUCUGCGCUAUCUUGCUUCUGCGGGCAGUCAUUGCUGGAGGUCAGAGAGAUGUUCCACAACUUGACGUGUCGCUGUCGUAUCAAACUACAAGCGGACGGCAUUGGACUCGAUGGGAAUAAAGAGGAAUGGGAUGUUGUACGUAUCUGCAGCGCUGUAUGCGAAUUCAUGCGAAGCGAGGGCUUCGGCCCAGCCGAAGGUGCCGACUUUCGCAUCGUGCAUCAUCAUUUUGCACACUUCUACCUGACGAGCCACAAGAAGACACUUCCACUGGCGCUCGUACACGUCUUCGUUGCCAUCUGCAAUAGACUUGGCUUGCAGGCGUCUCCUGUAGACUUCCCCUUCCGCGUCAUUGCACACGUCUCGCACCCCAGUCCUACGGCCGACGACAUUUAUGUGGAUGUCUACGGCUCGGACACGCGGGCCAUCCUCGAUAUACGCACCGAUGUCAUGGCCCGGUGUAUGGCAGCGGGCAUCCCUCCGGACAAGAUCUCGACACACAUUGCGCCUCGUCGAGCGACACCUCUGCUCCUGCGUUCCGCGCGGAACAUCAUAUCCUCCGAGUUCGAGGACCUUGAGUCCCCUCGGCUGCUCAUACGCGACGCUGUGCAUGUAUCGAAAUGCUUGACGACGCUUCUGUCGGGACAGCCUGGGAUGGACCUGUCGGGAUUGCUCUUGGGGACGGACACUAUUCACUUCGAUUGUGCCACCUAUCUUUCCGACAUCAUGGCGCCUGCUCUGCAGGCUCCUCACAAUCGACAUCUGGCCCUGAUGUGCGACAACCGAAUUAGGGCGGCGAGAGAUUCAGAGGGCGUGGUGACAAUGCGGACGUCCUCAGAUAGAGAAAUCAAGUACUUCGUGGGCAUGAUCUUCCGGCACGUGCGAUAUGGAUAUACGGGUGUCAUCACUGGAUGGAGUAGCACAUGCGAGUCUCCAGAAUCGUGGAUUCAUCAAAUGGGUGUCGACCACCUACCGAGAGGUAGGAAUCAACCAUUCUACCACGUCUUCGACAUGUAUGGCCAGCAACGCUACGUGGCUGAGGAGAACAUCGCCGUGGACCACAGCCCUUCGACGACGAUCCAGACUUUGAUAGAGAACGUCCCAUCACUCGGCAUGUACUUCGAAGACGCAGAGAUUGGGGAGGAUGCGGACGGAAAUGAGAAGGCGCGGCUCGUGUUGAGUCCGGAAUUCCAGAAGAAAUAUCCUGAGGAUGGGCAGGCGGGCAAUGCGUGGAUGGCAGAAUUGGAUUGAUCUUGCUUGUUUUCGUGUAGAGUUAUUGAACCCUAUGUAUACUUUGGACUCUAACUGGAUGCUGACAGGUUACAAGCACG